AUGGAGUUGCAGACGCAGCCACCGACCGCCGUUGUAGCCCCGCGCUACUUCAGCUUCAAGGAUUUCCUAACGGAGGCCGAGGCCGCAGUCUUCUUCGAGCUGCCGCAUGCCGAGCAGGUGGUCAAAGUUACGCAGUACCUGGACUUCCUGGGCCAGCAACCAGACUCGGCGCAGUUCACGACGUCGUCCAAAGCCUCCAUCAGCUUCGCCAAGCUUCGCGAAGGCAUGGACAAACUACUCGAAGGGCGGACUCGUAGCGGGUUUGGCGCCUUCGGAACAGAUCUGGGCUUCUUGUCCCAAAAGCGACUGAGCAUAGCGGUUGCUCACAUUGUUGAGAAGAUCGGUCACAAGUACAUUGUCGAGCGCAAUAAGCGCGGUAUUGUAAAACCACCUGUACUUAACAGUCGGAGUUUUUACUUCUACUGGUGUCACGCGGAGAAGCAGAAGCUCAUGGACAUUCGAGAGAAGCUAGAAUCAAAAGAGAUUCCUUUAGAUCGGAGAUGGCUGUAUUGGCAGCACAUUGCAAUCGUCGUUGACCGAGCCAUGUGCGAGGACUGUAUCCAGUUUGCCGAGUGUUUUGCACGUGCCGAGAAGGCAUGUAUCUGUAUCCAAGACCCCGAGGUUGCACGAGUUUUUCCUUUAUCCAGCAAUCAACGUCGUCGAAUUCAAACUACGUAG